AUGAGCAGAAACAUAAUCGCAUUGGAUGAUCUAACGAUAAAUAACAUAGGGGUAUUCAAAAAAAUCAACGAAGUAUCAUUACCUACAACAUAUCCAGAAUCAUGGUAUAAAUUAAGUUUAGAAUCAAAUGAAAUUAUGGUACAAUUAGCAUUUUAUGCAGAAUUACCUGUUGGAGCAAUAAGAGCUAAAACAUUUAAUAACAAUUCCAUCAAAUCUUUAUAUCAAGAAUCUAUAAAUUCUUCAAUUUUACUGAAAACUCCUAAUUGCGUAUAUAUUGAAAGUUUUGCAGUUUUGGAAAAAUAUAGAAGUUUAAAACUUGGAACUGAAUUAUUGAACUGGAUAAUUGAAGAAACUAAAAAGAGAUUUAUUCAUGAGAUUUUAAUACAUGUACAUGUCACUAAUGAAUAUGCUUUGGAGUGGUAUAAAAGAAAGGAAUUUGUUAAAGACGAAAAUAUAGUGAAGGAUUAUUAUAAAGAUCAAGGUUUGGAGAAUCCUGAUGCAUAUAUUUUAAAACUUUCGGUAUGA